GCAGGUGUUCCAAAUGUUCAGUGACCCUAGUGAUCCAGAAACCAUUAACCAUGGGUUUCUCUGUAUUUAGCCCUACAAGAUCCCUGGAUGGUGUCUCUGGGUUCCUCCAAGGGGCCUUCCUGCUCAGUCUAUUUCUGGUGCUGUUCAAGGCAGUCCAAUUCUACUUACGAAGACAAUGGCUGCUCAAGGCCCUCGAGAAGUUCCCAUCCAUGCCUUCCCACUGGCUUUGGGGCCAUGACAUGAAGGACAGAGAAUUCCAGCAGGUUCUUACGUGGGUAGAGAAAUUCCCAGGUGCCUGCUUACAGUGGCUCUCAGGGAGCAAAGCACGAGUCCUGCUCUAUGACCCUGACUAUGUGAAGGUGGUUCUGGGAAGAUCAGAUCCAAAGGCUUCUGGAAUUUAUCAAUUCCUUGCUCCCUGGAUUGGUUAUGGUUUGCUCCUGUUGAAUGGGAAGAAAUGGUUCCAGCAUCGGCGGAUGUUGACUCCAGCCUUCCACUAUGACAUCCUCAAACCCUAUGUCAAAAUCAUGGUGGACUCUGUCAAUAUAAUGCUAGACAAAUGGGAGAAGCUUGAUGACCAGGAUCACCCUCUAGAGAUCUUCCACUAUGUCUCCUUGAUGACACUGGACACUGUUAUGAAGUGUGCUUUCAGCCACCAGGGCAGUGUUCAGUUGGAUGUAAAUUCCAGGUCCUACACCAAGGCUGUCGAAGAUCUAAACAACCUGAUUUUCUUUCAUGUGAGGAGUGCCUUUUAUGGGAACAGCAUCAUCUACAAUAUGUCCUCUGAUGGCCGUUUGUAUCACCGGGCCUGCCAGAUUGCUCAUGAGCACACAGAUGGAGUGAUCAAAACGAGGAAGGCUCAGUUGCAGAAUGAGGAAGAGUUUCAGACGGUCAGGAAGAAGAGGCGCUUGGAUUUCUUGGACAUCCUGUUGUUUGCCAAAAUGGAGGAUGGGAAGAGCUUGUCUGAUGAGGACCUGCGUGCAGAGGUGGACACAUUCAUGUUUGAGGGUCAUGACACCACAGCCAGUGGAAUCUCCUGGGUUUUCUAUGCUCUGGCCACCCACCCUGAGCAUCAAGAGAGAUGCAGAGAGGAGGUGCAGAGCAUUCUGGGUGAUGGAACCUCUGUCACAUGGGACCACCUGGACCAGAUGCCUUACACCACCAUGUGCAUCAAGGAGGCCCUGAGGCUCUACUCACCUGUACCUUCUGUGAGUCGAGAGCUCAGCUCCCCUGUCACCUUCCCAGAUGGACGUUCCAUACCCAAAGGUAUCAGAGUCACAAUUUUAAUUUAUGGCCUUCAUCAUAACCCAAGUUACUGGCCAAACCCAAAGGUGUUUGACCCCUCUAGAUUCUCACCAGAUUCUCCUCGCCAUAGCCAUGCUUAUCUGCCAUUCUCAGGAGGAGCAAGGAACUGCAUUGGGAAACAGUUUGCCAUGAAUGAGCUGAAGGUGGCUGUGGCCCUGACCCUGCUUCGCUUUGAGUUGCUACCAGAUCCCACCAGGAUCCCGGUCCCCAUGCCAAGACUUGUGUUGAAGUCCAAGAAUGGGAUCCACCUGCGUCUCAAGAAGCUAAGAUAA